AUGUCCGUUUUGGAUGAAUGCAAUUUGGUUUGUCGAUCGGAUGCUCCAAGCCUGUGUGGUGUUGAACGGCUCAUGAGACCGACUGCACUGUACGCAAUUUACACCGAUGAGAUCGCGGCUGCUGUUAAGAAUGACUUCAAUCUAAUUAUAAAGCGAAGCCGGAAGGUGACUAGAAUGCCAGCAGCUGGGCCCGCAGAAUACCCUAUUCGCGGUGACCCAGCAAUGACACCAGAAGUUGUGGAACACUACACGUGUCUUGGGAGUUGCGUUAGCCCUGAAGGUAGUGGUGACAGACGAAGUGAACGUAUGAAUGUCGAAGGUCAGAAUUGUGUCUGCUAA